CAGUCCAGCAGUAGAAAGAAGAAGAAGAAGAAUAAAAUUUAAUAACAUAAAGACAAAAAUCUUAUGUAAAGCUUAACUUUUAAUUUAAAAAACAAUAGACAUGGUUUCCAUAUUACCAUAUAUAACCCGUACGCGAGCCUUGUUGCGGAAUUUCCAGAAAUCGUCUGUGUUUCAUAAAGUAUUAAUUACGGCUCAGACAUGCGAAGCACCAAAAGUUAGAUGGUUGAGCACAAAAGUGUCCGGGGAUCUACCCUCGAAUCAUUGCAACGUGGGAACCAUCGGGCAUGUUGAUCAUGGUAAAACAACGUUGACGGCUGCUAUCACCAAGAUUCUUUCGAAAGAAGGGCGUGCAGCAUACAUACCCUAUGAUCAGAUCGAUCGAGCGCCCGAGGAAAAGGCUCGAGGAAUUACGAUCAAUGCCGCCCAUAUCGGAUACAGUACAGAAAAGAGACACUACGCUCACACGGACUGCCCGGGCCAUGCCGAUUACGUUAAAAAUAUGAUAUCGGGAGCCUCGCAAAUGGAUGGCGCUAUUCUUGUGGUGGCAGCCACUGAUGGCCAAAUGCCGCAAACGCGAGAGCAUUUGUUACUAGCCAGACAAGUUGGAGUUGACAAAAUUGUCGUUUUUAUCAACAAGGCAGAUCAGGUGGACAACGAAGUCUUAGAAUUGGUUGAGAUUGAAUUGAGGGAAUUGCUUACCGAUUUUGGCUUCGACGGUAUAUCUAGUCCUGUGAUUAUAGGUUCGGCUUUGCAAGCUCUUCGAGGUGAUUCUUCGGAGUUGGGUGAACCCGCAAUUCGAAAGCUUCUGGAUGCUAUCGAUGACUACAUUCCGACUCCAACACGUGAUAUCACUUCUCCGUUUCUUCUUCCGAUUGACAACGCUUUCACGGUUCCUGGAAGAGGAACAGUUGUAGUGGGAACCAUUGCACGAGGAAUAAUUAAGAAAAACGAUGAAUCCGAAUUGUUAGGUUUCGAUGAGCAAAUUAAAACAACUAUUGGAGGUGUUCAAGUAUUCAAGAAAGACGUUGGCCAAGCUCAAGCAGGAGACAAUAUCGGUGCUCUCCUGAGAAAUGUAAAAAUAACAAGCGUUCAAAGAGGCAUGCUGUUGUGUGCUGCUGGCAGCGAAAGAGUUUCGAACCACUUUGAGAGUACUAUUUAUUUGCUAGCCAAGAAUGAAGGCGGUCGCUCGAAACCCUUAACGUCUAAAUACAUUCAACAGCUAUUUAGCAAAACAUGGAAUGUGCCUUGUCGAGUUGAUCUCGUAGGGCAGGAAAUGCUGAUGCCAGGCGAUCACGGAUCUAUUCGAUUAACAUUACUCCGACAAAUGGUGAUGUCAUCCGGGCAAAGUUUUACAAUCCGAGAGAAUGGCAUGACUGUUGCUACAGGCCUUAUCACCAAAGUUCUGAAUCCCGUAGACUUACCCCAGAAAAAGCUUAUCAAGCUUCAAUUAGAAGGAUUGUAAUAUAUAG